CAAAAUAUAAAUCCCGUUUUUAUUUUUAAAACUUUACCAUGGAGUCAACAUCUAACAACUACGAGAGGAACUGUGUUCUGUGUUGUCAGGAGCUGGAUAUUUUUGCUCUGGGAAAAUGCGAUCACCCGGUGUGUUACCGCUGUUCCACCAAAAUGAGGGUGUUGUGCGACCAGAAGUACUGCGCCGUCUGCCGGGAGGAGCUCGACAAGGUGCUGUUUGUGCAGAAGUUGGUGCCCUUCUCCUCUCUGCCCCUCCAGACGCUGCAGGUGGAAAGGAAACAUGACAUCUACUUUACUGACUCCAAGAUAUACGCUCAGUUCAGGACGCUGCUGCUGUCUGAGUGUCCUGUCUGUCCAGAGUCUAAAGUCUUCUCAACGUUUGAGGAGUUGGAGCAGCACAUGAGGAAACAACAUGAACUCUUCUGUUGUAAACUCUGUAGAAAACACCUGCAGAUCUUCUCCCACGAGAGGAAGUGGUAUUGCAGGAAGGACCUGGCGCGUCACCGUUCCCACGGCGACCCGGAGGACACGUCUCACCGCGGACACCCGCUCUGCAAGUUCUGCGACGACCGUUACCUCGACAACGACGAGCUGCUGAAACACCUCCGCAGGGACCAUUACUUCUGUCACUUCUGCGACGCGGACGGAGCCCAGGAAUAUUACAGUGACUACCAGUACCUGAGCGAGCACUUCCGGGAGGCCCACUACCUGUGCGAGGAAGGCCGCUGUGCUACGGAGCAAUUCACCCACGCUUUCAGGAGCCAGAUCGACUACAAGGCCCACAAGGCCUCGACGCACAGCAAGAACCGGGCCGAAGCGCGACAGAACCGACACAUAGACCUGCAGUUCAGCUACGCCCCGCGGCAGACCCGACGCAACGACGGAGGUGCGGUGUCUGGAGAGGACUAUGAGGAAGUGAGGUCGGGUCGAGGAGGAAGAGGAAGGAACCAACAGAACACCAGAGGUAGCUGGCGGUACAACCGUGAGGAGGAGGACAGGGACUUGGCAGUAGCGGUCAGAGCCUCCAUGAUGCAACAGAGACGACAGGAGGACAGAGGACGAGACACCCAGGACAGGAGUGGAGCGCCCAAACACCGCAAAGAGGAGAGGACGGAGAGGACGGAGAGGACGGAGCGGCCGGAGAGGACGGAGCGGCCGGAGAGGACGGAGCGGCCGGAGAGGAUGGAGCGGCCGGAGAGGAUGGAGCGGCCGGAGAGGAUGGAGCGGAUGGAGAGGACGGAGAGGAUGGAGAGGCCGGAGAGGAUGGAGAGGCCGGAGAGGAUGGAGAGGCCGGAGAGGAUGGAGAGGCCGGAGAGGACGGAGCGGCCUGAGAGGACGGAGCGGCCUGAGAGGACGGAGCGGCCUGAGAGGACGGAGCGGCCGGAGAGGACGGAGCGGCCGGAGAGGACGGAGACUGAGGAGAGACCCAGGAGUUUUCCUAUCAAACCUCCGGCAGAAACUCCCCCAGUGAGGACCAUGAAGAGCAACCCUCUGACAGGAGAAGACUUCCCAGCUCUCCUGGGGGCUGCAGCGCCCACACUGAGUGUUAAGGCCCCCCAGGUCCCUCUGAAGGAGGACGACUUCCCCAGUCUAUCUGCUGCCGCGGUUACGACCCCCGUGACCCCCGCCUACUCCGCCCAACCCAGGAAGCACUCCUCCUUCCAAGAGGAAGAUUUCCCCGUCCUGGUCUCUAAGAUCCGCCCUCCCAGACCAGCGGGGGGCGGAGCGACCUCAGCCUGGAGCCAAUCCAGCAGCAGCAGCACCUCCAAGCCGGUCAUCCUUCCCUCCUCUUCCUCUAGACCUUCCUCUAACAACCCUCCUCUUCCUCUCCCCGCCGGCCCCCGGCUCCUCUCCUCCUCUUCCUCUCGGAGGAAAAAGCUCUCCGCCCGCCGCCCGUCCCCGCCCUCUGAUGAUGACGAUUGCGUUGCCAAGACGACGAAGGAGCGCCGAGCAAUUCCGACCAUGUUGGAUAUCUCCUCUCUUCUCAUCGUCAAAGGACCCUCUAAGCCCCUCCCACCUACCUCUAAGCCCCUCCCACCGACCUCUAAGCCCCUCCCACUGACAUCUAACCCCGCCCCGAGCCCCACGUCCAAGUCGGCCAAGAAGAAGAAACGGACCACGCCCCUUCCGCCAUUUGGGAACCAAGUUCCUGUCCCCACGGAAACGGUCUCCAGGGUACAGAAGGAGAACGUUCCGGAGAGCCGCGCUUCCAAACCGCUGGUUGCUGUGACGACGACGGCGGCGGUUAAAACGAGCGGAUUGGCUAACGGCCACCUGGAUAAACCAAUCACGGCGGCCCCCCCUCCCCGAGAGGAGGAGUUCCCUGCCCUCGUCUCCAAGAAACCCCCCCCAGGAUUUAAAAGUUCCUUCGUCCUGAAGAGUUCUGCCCCCCCCAACGUCCUGUCCCCGUCUCCCCCCGGCCAGGGCGGCGCCCCCCCGCCCAGUAAGCCCCCCCCGGGGUUCACCGGCAUCCCCCUCAACAGCAACGUGGUGGAGCCCCCUGCAUCCAGCCCCCGCUCUCCCCAGUCCCCGGGGGUGUUCAGCUCUCCCCAGUCCCCGGGGGUGUUCAGCUCUCCCCAGUCCCCGGGGGUGUACCUGGCUCCAGAGAACUUCCAGCGACGGAACAUGGAACUGAUCCAGUCCAUUAAGAACCUCCUGCAGAACGACCAGUCACGAUUCAACCAGUUCAAGGACUACUCUGGCCAGUUCAGACAGGGUCUGAUGUCUGCCGUUUUGUACCACCGCAGCUGUAAGACUCUGUUAGGGGACAAUUUUGUUGGCGUCUUCAACGAGCUGCUGGUUUUACUUCCUGACACGGUUAAACAGCAGGAGCUUCUGUCGGCCCACGUAGACGACCAGGCCACGGAGAGACCGAGAGGCGGCGGGGCCAGGAAGGACAAGAAGAAGAGUGCCUCCCAGUCCAGCGCUGUCUCUAAUGCAGCCGCGCUGGACUGCCAGGUAUGCCCCACCUGCUGCCAAGUGUUGGACCCUAAAGACUUCAACUCCCAUAAGACCUUGCACUUGGGGGACAACGAGGACUUCCCCUCCCUGCAGACCAUCAGCCGUAUCAUCAGUUAGCCCCGC